AAUGCCAACACUGGAACACUAUGGUUAUUUCGUAAUCAACAGAAAAUCAUCCUACAACGCGAUUGGACAAUCUAUUCAUUCAAUCAGCGAGAUUCUGUGAACGAUCUCCUGACAUAAAUGAACUUCUAAAGAGGUACAUUUGUCCCACUUUGUCUUGGCAGUGUGUUAGAGAUUUGUCAGUUCACAAAUUUCAUGUUAGCUCAGUUUUUAACUCGCUGACAACUGAGAUGGAAACCUACGUUGGGAAGAUUUUGGCCCGUCUGCUUGUUAUUGUACUUAUCACAUCCCACGUUGUUGUGGCUGAAAAACUGUCCGUGGAAAGCAAAAUUGGUUUCGAUGAUCACAAUCUUGGCACUAAGAACAGCACUGAAGAAGACCACAGCCAAAAUGUCACAGGGAUCCGACGAGUUUUACUUACAACGUUUGUUUUCAAUAAUCCUGACAGACCGUGCUAUACGCAAUUCUUCGUACAAGGACAACCACCAGAAGGUUUACGUGGUCCACGUAAUGGGUUCACCAGAUACAUCUGCCAACCGCCGACACCAGAUCAAGAGCACACGUACUACGCCACAAUGUUUGACGAACAUUUCGGAAUUGCGGUAUUUUCAGCCUACACCUUGUGGAGAGAUCCCGGGGAAGGUAAAGGAGACCUUUUCCAAGGAGGAAAUCGUCGAGCGUGGACCGCGACCCCAGGGAUCCUGCGACAAGGAAGCGACAUGUUAUACAGCGAUCAAACUGUCGAUCCAAGGACCAAAAUCAAAAUCUAUCAAAAAGGUCACUUGGCUCCAGCGCAUACCCUUUCAAGGACCCAAGCUGGUUAUGAGUCCACCUUCACGUAUACAAACGCCGUACCACAGUGCCAAAGAUUUAACGGUAGGGCUCAUUGGGCUAAAUAUGAAAACAGGAUACGAACGGCCGCAAUGCUUUGUACUGAGGCACAGCCUGGACAGCAGGCUGCUGUGUUGUAUCUUUUGACUGGUACUUCAUUUGCUCACAUUCUACCGGGCGAUCCUCCAAAUUCAAACCAACCAAACAUUGAGGCUUUUAAUCAAAACCAUCCUACCAUCGCUAUUCCUAAUUCACUGUGGACCGCUGGCUCUUGUGCGCGCCCAAAUGGUGCUGCGGUGAGUUUUGCUGUGAUGGGAAACAACGUCCAGGAUGGAGGUGCUGAGCGCACUCGGCAAAUUACCGUAACAGAGCUGCAAAAUAUUCUUACGGCCGACGUUCGCCACCAUGAUCUGGCCGGUGGAAACGUCAACCUGUUUCCAGGAAAUCCUAAUUGCUUGAAUGACCUUGCUCAAGACCUUCUCCGUAUUAAAAACUAAAUUAAAAGAAUAGAAGAUAAUUAAGUAGAUUCCGAUAGAAGAUAUCGUAAACAGCAAGUAGAACCCUGUUGACUUUGUGAAGCUGGCUAACGAACAUACACUCAUUGAUUUUCAUUGUAUCCGAUACUUAAGCUAUAAGCGAUCCGCCGAUUGAUAAAGUGGUUAAAAAAAAAUUCUAUGGCUAAAAAUAUAUCAGAAAAUGACAGGUUAGCUCGAAGUCAUUAAGCCUAUGUUUAUCAAUAAACAACAUGUAACGUAUUGUAAAAAUUAAAUAAUUUAAUACAUUUAAAUGCCCCAUUUUGGCAUGAUCAUAGCAGCGGCCUUAUUUGGUAUCAAAAGUUAUUGUGAGAUUUUAAAGCUGUGUUCACACUAGGGCGAAACAUGAUUAGUCUGAUCACGAAUGAAACAUGUUUCGUUACGAAAUGAGUUCACAUCAGACAGUGCAUUGCGGGAAUCAUGAUUGAAACAUGAUUAUUCUGAGCAUGAUUAAAACA